AUGAAAAAAUGUCAGCUCUGCUCUUUUAUACUUUAUUUUAUCUUCUGAUGUCCGGGUGUAUUAUCUACCCGCCAACGGAAUUUGUCUCAGCGGGGCUAACCGUUAAAGAUGUCUUCGCGAAUUGGCUUGGUAGUGAGAACGAGUUUUUUGUGCAGUAUCAUAUCAGAAGAAGCGUUGCUACAUUACUCCUACAUUCUGCGCUACCUCUGGUAUUAAAGACAAAGAGCGUUCGGGUUAACCGAAAAAGUUUGAAGAUGAAGAAUUAAAAACAUUACUCGAUCAAGAUUCGUAUCAAAAGAGCUCGCAAAAACAUUGGAAGUUACUCAACAAGUUAUUUUGAAACGACUCAAAGCCGCGGGAUACAUCCAAAAGCAAGGAAAUUGGGUCCCAUACGAAUUGAAACCGAAAGAAACGGACGACGAUUUUGCAUGUCCGAAAUGUUGCUUGAACGGUACAAAAAGAAGUCUUUUCUGCAUUGAAUCAUUACCGGGGACGAAAAUAAAUUCACUACGACAACCCGAAACGCAAAAAAUCGUAUGUAAAGCCUGGCCAACCGGGAACAUCAAUGCCGAAGCCGAAUAUCCAUGGUGCUAAGAUAAUGCUCUGUAUUUGGUAGGAUCAGAAGGGUGUGAUCCACUAUGAGCUGCUAAAACCUGGUCAAACCAUCACGGGAGACUUCUACAGGCAACAAUUGAUCCGUUUAAAGCGAAUUAUAGCCAAAAAACGUCCAGACUAUGCGACCAGACAUGAAUCCAUAAUCUUUCACCAUCACAACGCUCGGCCUUAUGUUGCUGUUCCGGUUAAAAACUAUUUGGAAAAUAACGGAUGGGAAGUUCUGGCUCACCCGCCUUAUAGCCCAGAUCUUGCCUCUUGCAACUACCAUUUGUUCGAUCAAUGCAGAACGCUUUAACUGGAAUACGCUUCACUUCAGAACAAGGCUACAUUCUAGGAUUGCUCUUCUUUGAUCACGUAGAUGCUGGAAAACUGUUGCUAGGUGAUGGAAAUUAUCUCGGACCAUUGAUCGUUCUUUGCGUUAUAAUCGCUCCGCUUUACACGUUGAACAAAGUUUUUGAGUGGUCUACACACAACUGGACCACACAUCCGAUAGCACAAAAUCUAUCUGUAUACAGUAAUAAUAAUACACCUUGGACUGCUGUUGCUUCUGAUAUUAACACAGAGUAUCGAAGAAUAGAUAAAAUUGUUAUUGUCACAAAUAGCAUAACUCGUGUCGUAGCGACGGAUAAUUGGGUCAUUAAGAUCACGCCUUAUAAAUUGCAAGUGGCGCAUCAAAGCGAUACAACUUUAGUCGUGAAUAGAAGCGACGUCCAUUUGAUGUCGCCUACAACAAGGGAUCAAGUUCAAUUUAUCAAUAUACAGGUGAAACCUAUGCGAGCUAUGGCACAGGAAUUCGAUAUAAGAUUAAAUGCGUUAGAUUUUAAGGAUCUACAGGACAAAGUUUCACGGCCGAUCGCUGUACUGCACAAUAUAACGUUCUACAGAACUUUGCUCGACAGAUUUAUCGAUACUUUUAAAGAGGAAGUUGAUAAAAACCCAUUCUACGAUACUGCCGAGGAGUUAGGUCAGUGCAUUGGAUGCAUGCAAGCGCUGUCAAAUGUAAAAUUGAACAGAUUGUGCAGCAGCACCGAAACUAGAGACCUUGAAGAAUGCACAACGUGCUAUUGCCGUCCAAUGUGGUGUAUAGAAUGUAUGGCAAAAUGGUUUGCCUCGAGACAAGAUGAGAAUGCACCAGAAAUGUGGUUGUCCUCCAAAUGUACCUGUCCUCUCUGCAGAGCACGCUUCUGUGUUUUAGAUGUGUGUCUUGUAAAAAAUUUUAAUUAAAAUUCUAAUAAUGUACAUUAUUUUGAAUUAUUCUUAUAAAAUUUUUAUUUUUAUUAAUUUUUUUAAUACAAAAUUUUUUAUAGAAUAAGAAUCCGAGAUUUAUUUAUAAAAAUAGAUUUUUACACACAUAAAUCAUAAAUUUAUUUUAUUUUUAUGAAGUAAACACGUUACACAAAUUAAUAGGAAAAUUAACUUUUUUAAGAUUGAUAAAAAAACUAAUAAAAUGAAUCGAUUUACUUUAUUAUCUUCAAAAAUUAAUAAACAUUUAUCAAACAUUAUGAAGGUUAAGGUGCAUAUAAAGAUUACUAUUUUAUUAUUAAUACAAUAUCUAUUGAUAUCAUGUUAGAAAAGCUAUUUAUUAAUCUGUUUGUCUCGUUUUAUUAUACCGCAAUACUGUAUGCAAACUGUAUAUAUAAUGAUAAGUUGGUAUUUUACAUAAAUAAAUUGUUUACAUUUUAAUUAUAAGUAAUAAGUAACUUAACAACAUUUGGUUCAAAGAAACUCAAUCAAAUGACACCGUUUGCUUUUAUCCUUUGUACUCCAAAUUAUUCUCCAAAAGAUAGUAGUUUUCAUUCUUUUCCAACAUGUAUGUACAGUCGUGAGCUAAAAGGUUGCAACACAUUUUCUUCAAUGAUUUUUGGAAUGUAGACUUGCUCAUCGAUCGACGAACGUAAUUAGUUGGAUCCACAGGUAAGAACGCCUAAUAUUUGUUUUUAGUGAUUGUUUACAUUAAAAUACCAACCAAAAAGUAAGUGCCAUAUUCAUUCCGUGGGCUAAAGGAACCAUCAUACUAAUUGUAAACGUAGUAAAGUAAUAAAUUUUUUAGCAAAAAGUGAUUUGUUAUUCACUGAUUUUUUAUACACUACUUAUUUUCACUAAGAAACUUGCGAAUAUCUAUGCCAUAUCGUUUGGGCGGACGUAAAAAAUCGCCAUUUUCUCGUUAAUAUGUCGAAUUAUUAAUUAAAAAGUCAAGAUUUGUUACCAUAUGGGACUUUGUUUUUUGAAAAGUUUAUGACUAAUGUAUUACAGAAAGUUAUUGUCAUACCAAUUAUACGGAUGAAAAUAAUUACCAUACUCGAUAAAAUACUAUUAUAAUUAAUGUUCGUAAACACAGUCGAAUUUUUUCAAAUCGACCAAAGUAAAAUUAUAUUUUUUUCAAUAAUACUCCGUAAUUAUGUAUAAUAAAAAUUUUUUAAAUCAAAUCUUGGAAUCAUGCAAAUAAUGUAACUGUACCCUAUGUAGGGUAAGGUUUGCGGUUUUAUUUUACUUUUUUUGAGUUCAAAAUUAAAAACUAAUGGUCAGAUUCAAAAUAAGAAACAUUUCUAAACAUUAAUUUAAAAUACGAGACGGUUUCAAAUAUUUAUGUGGGCACAGUGAAUAUUUUUAGAAAAAGUAUCAUUUAGGAUGUAUUGAAUACAUAUAGCUUGUUUUUUUUUUUUUUUUCAUAAAAAGUGUUCAGAAAUAGAUAUUAAAGUAAUCUAAUAUUAUAAGUUUAUUAACAUAUUCAUAGAUUUAUUGACAUUAACAUAUAAUAAGGAUAAUUUCUUCCUCGGCAUCAUCAAUUGUCAUCAUCAUAUUGGUCCCCUCACGCCUAACUUUUUCUUGAUCUAUCUUAAUUAACUAUAUAUUUAAUGAAUUUAAAAUCUUAAUCCAUUAUUCAUACUCUAACAUCAUCCUAUUUAUAAGUCUACUACUACUAAUUUUUUUUAAUAAUUUUUUAGGAUUAUUCCCAUAUAUCUUUACUGCAUCUAGACACAUAAAUUUUU